AGAAGAUUGCGCUCAGUGAUAUGGUGUGUGGUUUACAGACAUCCAACCCUCCUGCCAACACGUUUUGAGGAACACGCUGAAGCUUCCUCGAACAUGUGAGGACUGGUCAAAGACCCGCCGUGGACUGAGACAGCAAGUCGUCCUCGCGCAACUCUACUGCGAUGUCCAGUCUCACGGCAAGCAGCGCAGUGGCCACCAGCACGCCGCACUCCCGCAUGAACCCGACCCUUCUACAGACGCUUCCUGGAGGUCAAGACGACUCGCAAACAGUGGAAAAGGCCACAUGUUCGCCGCAACUCUCAGCUACUUCAACCACCACCACCACCACCACCACUCAACACCAGCCCCUCGACCAAAAAGAGCUCUGCCGUGUCCUCCUCGGCAGCCUGUCUGGGGAAAAUUGGCGUAUACGCCAUUCCUUCGUGCUCGGUUGGAACGACUACCCUCUGGCGACGACUCAACAACUGGUAGAACGGUCGUUCAAGAAGGUGCUCGCGAGAGCAGGGCUGCUCGGAGGAGGUGUAUCCUGUGCAAAAGUAUCGUACUCGUAGUAAUCGCAGUCAUGCAAUGCAAAUUUUCAUCUCAACUCAAGGCAAAACAGCAUUACAAAUUCCAUUUUUCAUGCGGAGCUAAUUUGUAAUGCGAUUACUACUAGUAAGACUACGAUGCUUUUGCACUUCAUAAGGUGGUCGUGGUGGUGAUCCUCCUGGGCAGACAGAAGGGGAAGAAGAACAAGAAGAAGUUGUUCCUGCUGGUGAUGAUGUUGAUGCAAAUAAUCUUAAUCCAAAUAAUGCCGACGUAGUGGUAGUUCAUGAAAACAACACCACGACGUCUCCGGCGCAGCAUCAAAACUCCAUCAGGAGUGUUACCUCCGCGUCCGCAACAAAAAUCCAAAGCAGCAGAUCUCCCCGAGCAGGAGGUGGGACCACUCUAGUACCAAAUUAUGCUGACCUCCAAACGCAAGAACUCCAAAUCCACAAAACCAAAUCGAGUAGCCGUCCUUCCUCCCGCGCAGCGCUGUUGAAAAAUCAGGGAAACAACAACAAAAUCACGGAAAGACAGCUCUCGCUCAUUCUGGACGAUUUGUUCCGGCGGUCGCAAAGUUACGACGAAUUUCAACUUUUACGGACGAGAACUGCUGGCUGUGGUGGAAGUUUACUCUCCAGAACGAGAAUCGGGCCGGUGAGCAGCUCGUUAUUCGCAGCUUCGUCUCGUAGUUCGCCAAGCAGCAAGGGUCCAGUUUCCACUAGGAACGCCGGGGUAGCAGGAGGGGUAGUCGCAGUCGCACCAGCUUCGAGUACAACAUCAACACUGAAUCAGAAACAAGAUGAUCAUACUGUGCUAGAUCCUGACGUCGCCCUAUCAAACGCCGCAGUUGUCGACUUGUACCUGCUCGACGACAAUGUUCUGGAUGUGGAGCUGGUGAUCGAUCAGGUGCAGGCAUUUCUGGGCAUUAGAAUCAACGUGAUUUCCGCCACAUCAGCAUCAUCUUCUUCCCCAGCAGCUGCAGCUGCCGGCGGACCCACGACCGGCGGUGGCGCGGCAGUACUAGAUCCUCGGGCCUCCUCUCCUUCUUCACCUCCUGCUUCGCCGACCAGUCCUAACGCUCCGAUCGGACAGAAGCGAGUUUCUAUUUCACGACAAGCGACCGCCGUCGCCGGUUCUUCUUCAGUUGUAACUACAUUGUCAUCUGGAGCAACUACAACUUCAUUAAAUGUUGACACAGCCAACAGCUCUACAACAACUUCAAAGCUGAGCAACAACGCGAUUCGCUGUAAUGCCAUCGCCCAGGGCUGUAUCGUGAGAAACAACCUAAGCCGCGGCAGAAACAUCAACCGAAACACACCUUCUUCCAUGACCAAACGGGGGCAGCCGGUGGUGGACGGGAACUUGGCGUUGAACUUGAUCGAGCACGACAGAACGAAACACUUGCAAAAACUAAACACGAGAGCGGAGAACGGGGAGGGGAGAAAUUUGUGCGCUCUGGCGCUGACCAGUUUUGAAGUAGUGGGUAGCACGAAAAGCAGUAGUGGGAAGGAUAGCGGGCUGACUGGUGGAGGUGUUGUUCUUGCAGGUGGAGGCGCCGCGAACCAGAACUCUUCCGUCGUCGGUGCAGGAGCUAUGACAGUGCACAACUCUCCCUCCCCCACGUUUGUCAUGCAAAAUCCCAAAUCCGCCGCCCUUUUCUCUUUGGCACUUCUUGCAUGAAAGGUUUCAGAAGCCGAAACAGCACUAGAACCGAUCGGGAAUUUCUCAUGCAAAAGCUGCAUUUAUGCCAGCACUUGUGUUGCUGCUUAUGCCCUUCAAAUGAGCAGGAUUGGGGGAGCUGUGUGUUGUCAUAGCAGCAGGAGAAACCUUCCGGCGUCGAAGAUCGUUGACGACGGGCACGAUUCCGGAGGACGGCCGGCUUGUUGGAAGUGGAACGGCAGCCAGUCGAAUCCCAGGUCUCUACGCAGCCUCGAACACUGCAGCAAAGUCAGGAACAAAGCCUCCUCCAGGAGCCAUGUUCUUGACAGCAACAACUCCAAAUAGUUUCAACACCCAUCAGAGCCAGCGCGGCUCUGCGUCUUGUGUCUCUUUUGACGACGAAAAGCGGAUUGCGGUUUUGUCCACAACAGGGCUCUCUUCCGCGACUGCGGGAGGGACGAGUAAGAACCAACCACAGGAGCAAAAGCGGACAACGGCGAGCAACAGCGAUACGGUUCGGAAACCGAUCAAAGUGACGAAUUUGAUCCGAAUUUUGACGAGAGAAGUGCUGUUCCUUUGCGGGUUUAAACUGUGUUUUCUCUACCAGUGCCUGAUGAAUCCGACCCGGGAAGACAUGGCAAUUGUGAAAAACAACCAAAGUAGCGCAGCUUCUAUUGCACAGAAUUAUCAUCUUCAUUCCCACACAGAUGUGGGCGGGACAACUGCUGGUCAUGGAUCUGGUUCAUCAGCGGUAUCACCCUCAAAUAACCCUCCUGCGACGAACAACAACGCGAGUACCAUUAUGAAGGCCUCGGAGCAGACCAUGCAGCAGCAUUUUGAAUAUGCAGACAAAAAAGUGCUACAGUUACACACUGUGUUGCAAGACCGGCAACAGAGAAAACCUUUCUCAUGCAGGAAAUGCUUGGGGGCCUCGUUUCCCUCCUGUUUUCCCUUACGAUCUUCGCAUUACAAGUCUUCUCUGCCACACAAAGAAAAUUUGUGUUGCUGAAGUUACAACAAAUGUGUAACUGUAAGACUUUUUGCUUGUGAUAUUGAACAGUUGGGGAAGAACAUGUGCCGGCUGUGCCCGAUUUGCACGAGAAAGUUGCUGUUGUUGAAUGGGCAGGAUCCAUUGAACCGGUUUUGUUGCGCGGAAAAUAUGUAUUGCAAAACUAACAUACUACUUGCUUCUGCUUGGUACAACUUGCAUUACAAAGUUUCUCUGCUUGGAGAAUGGAGUUUGCCAUGCUGAUUUGCCUUGGGAAGCAGAUUUGUCAUGCAGAUCUGCAAGUAGUACGAGUGCGAUACUUUUGCAGUUCAUAGAAAAGGGAUUGCAGCAACUCUUUCCGGCGGAAGCGGGGGAGUUGCGGCUGCAGGCGGAAAAAGUCGGGUGUCCGACGCAGGGGGCGAGCUGAGAAGGAGGAGCUAAAAAAGUAUCGAACUCGUAUUGCAAUCAUGCAUUACAAAUUUUUUUCUCAAGGUAAAUCCGCACUACAAAUUUUAUUUCUCAUGCUGAGUUGAGAAAAAGGAGCUCUUGCGCUAGGUUUUUUUUUCGACGCUUUAUGGUGAGUUAGAAAGUGGUGUGUGAAGACGAAGUAGAAGUGAAGUCUGCGUUUAUUUUGCUAGUACAUUUUUCGAAAUCACAAAAAAGGCACAAAGAAAUAGUAUCAGUGCGCGUGAUGUUAUUGGAAAUGAAGGCUCUGCAGUAAGUACAUGAUAAUGCGCGCCUUGCAAAAAGGCUUCGGCUUGUGGUUGAGACAGUGGAGGCACCUAGCUCAAUUGAUGGUCUGAAAUUGUGCCUCGGAUUCCUAUUUGGGUUAGCUACUGGCACGACCGCGAGGAAGUCAG